GGAUGGAUUCUGUAUUUGUUAAGCGAAAUAUUUCCAGCAGCCGCAGGACCUGCUCCAGGGUUCUGAUCCGAGUCGCGGCUCUGUGAGCGGGCGGAGCGGAGCCUCACUGCGGGGGAAGUUUUAUCCACACUGGGUUGGACGGUUUACGCGUGUCCGGUGCGACCUAAGUGACCUGGCGGAUUGAUCGCGGCGGCGCUCUCCGUGUUUUCCUUUUAGAGCGAGCGGCCCGGGCUUCGGCAGCGCGGCGCGGCGGGGUGAUGUGAGCUGCAAGCCGGUGUGAAGGCUCUCGGGGGAUCGCAGUGGCUCGAGGGGAGGAAGAAGAGAGAGAGAGAGAGAGAGGAAAAAAAAGGGGGGAGAAGUUUGCUCGUUUUACUUUCGUUUCAAUUUAUGUUCUGAUAUUUCCUGUGUAUAUAACUACGGACGGCUGCUCGGCGUCUCAUGAAUAGGAUGUUAUCCAGCCCGGCUGGGUCGGCACUGAGCGGAAACGGAUCAGCGGGCGCGGGUGCUGCGGCUCACGGCUCUGUGGUGCUCGGCGGCGGCGGCGGGCUGCGCGCGGGGCUCGCCCGGGCUGGACAGGCAGGGAGUACCGGGGCUCCGUUCCCUGGUGCUGCGGGACGUGUGGGGGAAAGCGCGGGGAUGCUGGGAGGUAGCGGGCCAGGGAUCUCUUCCAGACCGGGUGUCAGGCCCGGGAACGGCAGCGGGCUGAGCGGACUCCAGGCCGUCGCUCAGCCCGGGAUAGGAGGAGGAGGACUCGGUGCAAUACCCACCAGGUUUGACCGGGACAAAGAGGUCGGUGUCCCGCAGGUAUGCAGCGCCUCGGACGCGGACUCUGAAUCGGGAGACGAGGACGAACCGACUGGGUCUUCUGGGAGCACCAGGCGGGGAGUGAAGCGCGAGAGAGCCGAGAUGGAAGGCGCUGCGCUCGGCCAGGAGGCCGGAGCUCCACCCGGGGGUUACGGGGUGAUGAGCGGCGGAGUCGCCGGAGCAAAGCCGGGCAAAAAAACACGCGGUCGGGUCAAGAUUAAGAUGGAGUUCAUAGACAACAAGUUGCGACGGUACACGACUUUCAGCAAAAGGAAGACGGGUAUUAUGAAGAAGGCGUAUGAACUCUCCACACUAACGGGCACUCAGGUGCUGCUUCUAGUGGCAAGUGAAACGGGCCACGUGUACACAUUUGCCACGCGCAAGCUCCAGCCCAUGAUUACCAGUGAGACGGGUAAGGCUCUGAUCCAAACGUGCCUGAACUCUCCAGACUCGCCGCCGCGCUCGGACCCAUCCACAGACCAGCGCAUGAGUGCCACAGGCUUUGAGGAGACUGACCUCACCUACCAAGUGUCGGAAUCGGAGAGCCUCGGAGAAACCAAGGACGCUCUGAAGCCAGCCUUCACUGUGGCCAGCCUGCCAGGUAGCACCAGUGCCCAGGCCACAGUGCCCACCACCUCCACCACCAUGCAGGUGAGCAGCGGCCCCUCUUUCCCGAUCACCAACUACCUGGCACCUGUGUCUGGCAGCAGCACCAGCGCCAGCGGGAGCACUAUAGCCAACACUAACGGGACUGUUCUGAAGAGCGCAGCUGCCACUGGAGGGGUCAUGCAGCUCCCUGGAGGGUUCACCUUCAUGUCAGCAGGCACUCCUUUCCCUCCUGGGACUCCAGCUAUCCCGUUGGGGCAGCUGCAGCAGCACUCUCUGGCUCUGCAGGGCCAGCAGGGCCAGACCCUCACGACUGCCACUGCUACAGCUACACAGACCCCACAGGCCCAGCAAGCUGUGUUUCGCCUCCCCACUGCAGUCUCUCUCACAGGAGCAACGAUGCCCCAGCAGCUCCAGGCUAUCCAGGUGCAGCCCAGCACUCAGUCCAGCUCCAUCAACACAGACAGCAGCAGCCCUGAGAUCUCCCAAACCAGCACUGCCUCCACAGCCACGGUCAGUCUCCCUGCUACUAUCGUCACGUCGUCAGUGCCCACUUCUGUAGCAGGUCACAUGAUGUACCCAAGCCCCCAUGCAGUGAUGUACGCCUCGGCCCCUACACUGACCGAUGGUGGCCUGGCUGUGCUCAAUGCUUUCUCCCAGAGCGCCUCGGCUAUGCAGGUGUCCCAUGCACAAGCUCCGGAUACAGGUGCUGUUCCUCAGGUGUUCCUCACAGCGCCCCCUGGCACGGUUCAGAUCCCCGUUUCAGCGGUGCAGCUACAUCCAGUACGGCAAGAUCUCCACUUUACAAAUGGUGAUUGGCCAGCAGUCCAGCGGCAGUAAUAGUAAUCUGACGGAGCUUCAGGUGGUCAAUCUAGACACCCCACAGAGCACCAAGAGUGAUUGACAGGUGCUGCUGACUGAAGGCUCACCAGAGACUUACAUCACUAUUUAUUGAUGCCUUGUUCUAUUUUGAAGCAUUUCAUCCAUUUACGCCAUCUGAGUGUGAUUGUACGGUUUGUACUGUAAAUGUGUCCUGACCUCACAAGGACGCUGAUGAAUUGAGAGAAAGUCAGUCUUCUCAGUUCUGAUGUGUGUUGAAAUUUAUAGGACUCUAAUUCUGACAUGCGUUUUCUGCAUGUUAUUUGUAUGUGUGUGAAGGUAUGAGUCAAAGGGAAACGAAAAACCAGUGUUUUGCCAAAUGUUGCGCACACGCUGCAGUCUCUUACUUUGGCCAAAGAUGAAUUAGUGUGUGUGUGUGUGUGUGUGUGUGUGUGUGUGCGUGCGCGCUGGAAUAGGAAUACGUUGUGGAGGCGUGAGCUAUGACAGGGAAGAGGUCUCAAGUAAGAAUGAUAUUAAUAGGUGGCGGCUUUAAAGAAAAUCAAACAAGCUGUACAUAUUUUUGUAUUUUGUUAUUUUAGCGAUAGUGCAAUGGCAUGUGUUGUAGUUGUGUGGCUUUUUUAAAAAGAUGUUUUGUAUUUUACUUAUCCAAAAAAUUUACUAACUGUAAAUUUAUGUAAUAUACAUAUAUAUUUUAUUGAUUCUAUGAUAAUGGAGAGAGUGAAUUUUUGGUCAAGGUUGUUUGUACAAAAAAAAGGAUUUAAAAAAAAAAUCAUGCUUUCGCAAUUUUUACUGUAUUCUGUAAGCAUAAUGUUAUGCAUUGGCCAGCUGUCUCUUUGCUGUAAUACUGUUAUUGAAGGCUGUAGCAGACCAGCUGAAAACACUGCACUCUAUUUGUAGUAUUUUGUGCCUUGCACAAGUAUUCACCUUUUCUACACUUUUUGUAGUGUUACAGCCUGGAACUAAAAUGGGACUGAAAAUGAGCUCUUAUCAUUUAAGCUACAUAAACUAAUGCUAUUCUCACCUGUUUACUGACAUUUUAGAUCAGAGUUGUGCCAAAGUUUUACCAAGUUUGGUCAUUUGCUAAUUUCUUACCUAUGUAGUGGUUAGCACAGUUACCUCACAACAAGAAGGUUCCAGGUUCGAACCCCACAGCUGACGGGGGCCUUUCCAUGUGGAGUUUGCAUGUUCCUGUGUCUGUAUGGGUUUGCUCUGGUUUUCCCCCCACAGUCCAAAAACAUGCAGGUUAGGUAACAUACCCAGCCGGUUAGACUGGGGAGGGUUGUGUCAGGAAGGGUAUCUAGUGUAAAACCUACACCAAAUCAAAUAUGCAGAACAGAUCGACUGUGGUGACCCCUAACGGGAGCAGAUGAGAGAGGCAGCUAAUUUCCCACCCACCGGGUAGCUGUUCUCCAUCACGCAACAGCGACUGGGUGAAAUAAAGCACCUGAUUUUCUUUGAUAUAUGAAGCCAACCACUGGAUCCCUUCCUCAAACUGCUGCCCAUUCGGCAUCGCUAGGCAGUGGAAUACGUUUUGGAGAGAGUACCAAUUGUCCUCUCCUGUAUACACAAGUUCUCAGGCCCCCAAUUGGAUAGUGUUGCUCAGCUUGCAGGUGAGAGAAUAUGGUGUGUGUUGUGUGUAGUUUCAGAACAUCUAACCUCCAGUUGGGCCAAUUUCAGUUCCAGGGUCUAACAGUACAAAUAAUAAAUGUGGAAAGGUUCAAAGGGGUGAAUACUUGUACAAGACACUAUAAAUGUUGAGCACACUCAGAACUGAGACGGUGUGAUUUAAAUCAAGGAUAUGAAAUGGAAAUUUCUACUUCUCUCUGAUGUUGGAACCUUAUCGGGGGGGGGGGAAGGUACAGUGUACGUACUUAAUACAAUGGUGUACAUUUUAUAACAACACUAAAGCCUUUGCAAAAUGAGCAUCAAACUGUUAUGCAGUUUGUAAGAGCUUUAGGUGACUCUGUCCAAUGACCAUGUAAUGAGAGCAACCUGAACUCUUCAUACUGAAGUCACUCUGUAUAUGCUUAAGGGCUCAGUUGACUGUUAAUCCGUCAAACAAAACUCACAAUGCGGCUUUAUCUCUGUUCAUUUUAACCAGCACCUACCAAGAUAAACAUCUGCUAAAAUCGCAGCCUCGCCUAUAUUUGCUCAAGCCCAGUUUUAUUCAACCGCUGGUUCUGAACCAGGCCUCGGCGUGAGGGAGAGUUUGGACUGGUUCAAUACAAUAGACAGGUCCCGUUCCCCCACCCCUGGUUUUGACACUCUGACUUCUCGUUUUACCAAAUGACAAAGUAUGAUCAUGCUGCAGCUCUCGCACACGUUGCCCUUAUGCCUUUUUGUAGAAAUGCUGUAUUUUGGAAUAGUAUUGUACAUGUUUGUUUAUUUAUAUCUGCAUUUUUGUGGGAAUGGCUUUCUGUUUCUUGGUUGAUGCAGCUUUCACGAUUUUGUAUUCAGUGCCCAGUUUAUCAUUUGGUGGCAUGGAGUUGUGCAAGGUUCUCUUCAAGCCAAACACUGUUUCUCCCACACUGUUUUCUCCUGUAGAAAAUGUGAAAUCUUUCACUGAAAUCUUUGAUACAUUUUUGGAUGUUUGUUUUUAUCGUUAUAAAGUGGCGUGAGAAACAGAACGAACACUGGUUCCUUUAUUGUUAGGAUUUUAAGGUUGUUGCUUGCUUUUUCCAUUUAUUUUCUUUUUUGGGGGAAAUCCUCAUGUAACAGCAAGUGUACAGAAAGUUUUGUAAUAAAAUUCUAUUGAUUUUA